GUUCACACUACCCCAAAGUCUGCUAAGGGAAGCUCAUGCAGCUUAAACAGCGUCCGGGAAGCGAAACAUGUCGUCGCCGCCCUAGCCCGCCCGCAAGCAACCAUGUGUUUAAAUACUUGUACAUCCGCUGCUUCCCCGGGGCAAGCGGGUUUUUCACUCCCACCAUUCGAUGUGAUCUUCGUCUGCCGUCCACUCGUCGUAGUUCACGUUCCGUACUACCACGCUCGUUGGUCGUUGCCAUGUUUCCCUUUUCUUUUGCCUUGGUGCCCAAUUGGAGUUGGUUUUGUAUCUUUCUGGCCCUCUUUUUGUUUCGAUAUGUCCGUCUCUGGGUCAAUUUGGUGAGCAAUUGGACGUAUACGCCCAUCCAGCCCGUCGACGACCCGACCAUCACCUCCAAAGACAUGACCGUCAUCAUCCCCACUGUGGCCGAAAACCUCCAGCAAUUGAAGGAGACGGUCCAGAGCGCCUACCGCCUCGAGCCCCUCGAGAUUCUGCUCGUGACACCUGACUCGCGCGUGAAGCGUGUCUAUCAGAUGGUCGAGGAGCUGGGCAGUCCCAAGAUCAUCCAGGUCUUGUCCGUCAGCCAGGCCAACAAGCGCCGCCAGCUCUGUCGGGCCAUUCCCGAGGUCGAGACCAAGAUCACGCUUCUUCUCGACGACGACGUCUGGCUCCCAGAGAAAUUCACAAAAUGGAUCCUGGCCCCAUUCGAGGAUGCUCGUGUGGGAGGCGUCGGCACAAACCAGCAGCUGCGCCGCUCCAACCGAUCGAGCAUCUGGGAGUUUCUCGGGGCCAUCUACCUGGUCAGGAGGAACUUUGACUGCACGGCCUGCAACUGGAUAGACGGCGGAUUGCCGUGCCUUUCGGGACGAGCCGUGGCCUAUCGAUCAGAGAUUCUACAGGACCCCAACUUCACCUACGGCUUCACGCACGAGACAUGGGGCAGCGACCAUUUCCUAAACGCCGACGACGACAACUUCAUCACACGCUGGCUGUUCUCGCACAAUUGGAAGAUCCAACUGCAGAACCACCGUGAGUGUGAGGUGGAGACGACUCUAGAGGACGAUUCCAAGUAUCUGCGCCAGUGUCUGCGCUGGGUGCGCUCUAAUUGGAGGAGCAAUCUGACUAGUCUUAGUGAAGGCCACAUGUGGCUGAGCUACCCGUGGUCUCUCUACGCCGUCUUCCAGACCACCAUUACGCAAUGGGCCUUCUUGCUCGACGGCCUCCUGUUCGUCUCGGUCUACUUGGCUCUCUCCGAGGCUGGGUAUUACAAGGCCGAGCAUGACAAGCAACCCCACGCGGAACCGUGGCCACGCUCUCUGUUUUGGGGUCUCUUCAUCGCCCACUGGGUGUUUUCCAAAACAAUAAAGCUAGUCCCGCAUUUGUUGAGGAACCCGGGCGACGUCCGCUUUAUCCCGGCCUCGGUUCUAUUUGGUUAUUUCCACAAUCUCAUCAAGCUGUACGGCUGCAUCACCGUCACAGAGACCACUUGGGGCACUCGCGAAGGCGCAGAUGUCGACGACAACAUCAGAAUGUUUGCCAUCCCACCCAUGGCUACCAUUACUCCUCCCUUGACGCCUCCCCCAGGCGGGCGCAUGCUUCGCGAGCGAGGCGCCCUCUUCCCAUCUUCUUUGAGUUAGGCUGGCUAUUUCCACUUUUGGUCAGCAUCUUGGCCUUGGCCGCGAAUUUGGACGCGGUACAGUAAUGUUAGACGUGUGACGAUCCGCGCGCGGUAUGACUUAAUCUCAGCAUCUGAGCGGUAGAGUCGGAAUGCCCCAUCUAUAUCCCUUUUUAUCGAGCAUGGUCGCUCUCAGGUCA